AUGGCUCGCCCCGCCUGUCCAGUGUGUGGGGAUGCAGCCGUGAUCGAGUACGACUCAGCAGCGGGCAACGCCGUCUGCACCACCUGCGGAUAUGUGGUCGAUGAAAAUACGAUCGUCUCCGAGGUCACCUUUGGAGAAUCGUCAAAUGGAGCGGCAGUGCUACAGGGCAGCUCAUUGGGUGCUACCGACUUGAGAGCAAGGAUCGGCGGCCCUCGUGGUAGGCCCCAGCCAUCGGCGGAAUCUCGCGCCGAGACUCUCGCUCAAGGGAUGAGGAAACUCACAUACAUGGCUCACGGUUUGAGGUUGGGUGACUCAAUCGCCGAAUCAGCGCAUCGCUUUUACACUCUCGCCGUUUCCAAUGGAUUUGUCACCGGGCGACGAAGUCCCUAUGUUUUGGCCAGUUGCAUCUACGUAGCCUGUCGAUUAGCCAAAUUACCGACCAUGUUGAUCGACAUCAGUGAUAUAUUACAGGUCAAUGUCUUUGUCGUUGGAGGUACCUACUUGAAACUCGUGAAACAGCUCUGUUUACAAAACAUUCCACUCGUAGAUCCCUCCUUGUACAUCUCUCGCUUUGCAUCUCUCCUAGAAUUCGGUGAAGACACAAACAGGGUAGCGGCCGACGCUGCAAGGUUGGUGAAACGAUUCGACACGGAUUGGAUGACAGCCGGUCGACGACCCGCAGGUAUCGCGGGCGCGAGCUUAUUGAUAGCCGCACGGAUGAAUGGUUUCCGAAGAAGCGUACUCGAGAUCGUUCAAGUGGUCAAGAUGGCCGAUGUGACGAUCAAGAAAAGACUGGAAGAGUUCCGGGUCACAGCAUCUGGAAAAAUGACGAUCGAAGAAUUCCGCAACGUCUGGUUGGAAGAAGCUGAAAAUCCACCGGCACUCAAGAAGAACAGACGCAAGGAACGAAAGAAGGAUAUGGUGGAUGAUGAUGAUCAAGCUUCAGUGAUCACUCAGUCUAUCGAGCCUCCUCCUCAAAGUCCGGCCCCAAAAGAUAUAUCUUCAAAACAAGGAACUUCAUCGGUCGUCACUCAACUCAAUACUCUCAAGAGAAAAGCUCCUGAUGACGAAACUCCAGCAAAGGAGACUUGGGGUGGAUCGAUUGCUGAUUCUGAAACAGAGAUCGAAAUACACGAUUUCAAAGAUACCGACCAGAAUUCGAAUGGUGGAUCUGACUGGUACGAAAAUCAGCUCGAGCAGGUAAUCGCGCAGGAAGUCGAAUCACAUUUGAUCUCUGGUACCGUCUCCGCCUUACAAACUGAACUUGACGAGAAAGAACGACUCCAAAAGGAAGCAGCUCAAAGGCUAGAGGACGCCAGACUAGAUGACUUGGAUGACGAAGAAUUGGAUCAAUUCAUCCUGAGCGAAAAGGAGGUCGAGAUGAAAACUAGGGUCUGGAUGGAACUCAAUCGAGAAUACUUGGAAAAAGUUGCUCAGAAGAAGGAACGAGAAGCCAAUGGUGAAAUAAAAGUAGCCAAGAAGUAUAACAAAACGAAAUCGAAGCCGAGAGACUCGGAGAAUCCGGCCGGUUCGACAGUUGAAGAAUCAGUCAAAAACAUGAUCAACUCGAAGAAGAAAUUGAGUUCGAAGAUCAACUAUGACAUAGCCAACAGCUUGUUCGGAAAAGCGGGAUCAUCAUCAUCGCCAUCGCAGCCGACUUCAAAGGCGAAGUUGAAGCCGGCAGGCAAGCGCUCCCAAUCCAUUGCCGCUCCCGCCCACGGAUCGCUGCUCAAUUCAAGCAAACCAGCCGCUGCUCCCCAGGAUGAUGAUGAUGAUGACGACGAUGAUGAUCAAGUAGAAGAAGAAGAGGAACUCGUCCAUGACGCUGAAUUCGCAAUGUUGAAACGUGACAAUAUGAUGAGAGACGAUGACGAGUUUGAAGGGUGGGGUGAAGAGGCUUAA